ACUCCAGCCAGACAACCCAAGUCCCCAUCCAAGAGCCUACCAAAAGAUAAGAUUGGUGAUGAGAGUUACUGACCAUUUCACAAAAAAACAAUGGGCUGGCACAACAAAAAGAGAGAAGGCAUCUAACUUUCCAUUAACAUUAUUAGUUUUUACAACUGGCCUGACCUUUUCCUCACAAGUGCUUCAAACUGGCUUUAUGUUUUCAGCCGCCCACCCUGCUCAGUGCUUAAAACAAGCUUAAGAUUAAGUGCUUAAUUGCUUAACAACCAUGGCAGCCCUCUACUUCUCCAUAACCACUCUCUUUGUCAUCCUUCUCCUUUCUCUACUCAUUCUCAUCAAACUAAACCUUAAUAAUAAAAACAAGAACCCUAACCCUAACCCUAAUCCACCAAGCCCUCCUGGUCACCCUCUCCUUGGCCACCUUCACCUACUCAAACCUCCCAUCCAUCAAGCUCUAGCCCAUCUCUCCGACUUCCAUGGCCCCAUACUUCUCCUCCGCUUCGGCUCUCGCCGUGUCCUCCUCGUCUCCUCCUACUCCGCCGCCGAAGAGUGCUUCACCAUCAACGACAUCAUCUUCGCCAACCGCCCCCGUCUCCUCGCCGGGAAACACCUCGGAUAUAACUUCACUCUUCUGGUUUGGGCACCCUACGGCCCUCACUGGCGUAAUUUACGUCGCAUAUCCACUCUCCAGCUCUUCUCCACCAAUCGCCUCCUCUCCUCCUCUGACGUCCGCUCCGACGAGGUUCUCUCCCUCGUCAAAGCCCUCCUCCGUGACUACUCCGGCCCCGGCUUCCACUGCACCGAGCUGAGACCCAAAUUCUUCACCCUUGCUUACAACGUCGCCACGACCAUGAUAGCCAACAAGAGGUUCUACAGCAACACCGAUGAGAGCUCGUUGGAGACUGCCAAGGAGUUCAGGGACAUCAUCAAGGAGACCAUCGCCGCCCUUGGAACGUCCAACGCUGCUGACUUUGUUCCCUUGUGGCGCUGGCUUGGUAUUGGAGGUUAUGAGAAGAAGCUGAAGAGUUUGAAGAAGAGAAGGGAUAAGUUCUUUCAGGGGCUCAUCGACGAGCAACGAGAGAAGAAGAAGAAGAUGGCCGCAUCACGACAAGGUCAUGGCUUGCCGGCGGCGAGAUCUACGAUUAUCGACUUGCUGCUCUCCAUGCAAGAUGAUGAUCCGGAGUACUUCACUGAUGUUAUCAUCAAAGGGUUCAUUGCGGCAAUGUCGGUAGCGGCGACGGACACAUCAUCAUUGACAAUGGAAUGGGCAAUGUCAUUCCUUCUCAACAACCCUGAAACUUUGAAAAUAGUAAAAGCUGAACUUGAUGCAAAUAUAGAGCAAAGUUCCAUUCUUCAGGAACGUGACCUUCAUAAGCUCCCAUACUUGCAAGCAGUUAUCCUUGAGACACUGAGAAUACAUCCUGCAGCGCCAUUGCUAUUGCCCCAUGAGUCAUCACAAGACUGCAUUGUGGGUGGCUUCCAUGUUCCCAAAGGCACAAUGCUACUAGUUAAUGCAUGGAAAAUACAUAGAGAUCCUGAGAUAUGGGAGGAGCCAUGCAAGUUCAAGCCUGAGAGGUUUCUCAACAAUGAUGGGAAAGAGAAAGGGAAAAUAAUGACGUUUGGGCUUGGGAGACGACGGUGCCCCGGUGAAGGUUUGGCGCUGAGGGUGGUGGCACUGGUGGUUGGGACUCUGGUUCAGUGCUUUGAAUGGGAGAGAGUUGAUGGCAUAGAGAUAGACAUGGAUGAAGGUGUUGGCCAGAUCAUGCCCAAAGCUAAGCCUUUGGAGGCUAUGUACAAACCAAGGGAUGCCAUGGUUGACCUCCUCUCUCGGCAUUGAGACUCUUUUGUUCCCUUGAUGGUGAUUAUAGAUAUGGAUGUGUAAAAAAUGAAAAGUAAAAAAAAAAGUCGUAUGGUGGCUUUUUCA